AUGCGUCGGCUAUUGCGGGCCACACUGCAGCAGCAGGGCGGUGGUGUUGCCGGACGGCGGUGGGCGCAACGCGGUGCGGAAGCCUCCAGAGAAAUUGCAGCCGCAAGAACAAGGGCGGUGACACGCACAUCAGGGAAGUCACGUUCGUCUCACUUGGAAGAGGCCUCGGCGGUCCCUCGGCAGGAUCCCGCAAUCCCCAGCGAGGUGGAUGUCACCACCAGCACGAGCAGCAGCGACAACAAGAAUGGCGGCAGUGAUGCCGUCGUUGGCGACACCGACAGGGUGGCGGCCGACAUAUUCACGCCGACCGUCGAUAUGGAGGACUACGGGGCGCCUGCCAUGUCGCCUGCAAGUAGCUCCUCGAACGAGAGUGUGCUCUUUGCCAUUGACGUGUUGUGUGAUGAUCUCUUCUCAUGUAAGACGGACGUGCUCAAGUCGUUUGCGCGGACGCGGUCGGUAGGCGGGGCCACCAAGUCCGAGCUCGUCAUGAACCUCAUCGACCUCGCUAACCGCGAGGCGCAUGGCGAGAGUCAUGACCUGAGCAUCACGAAGCGUGUGCUUGGCGACGUCUUCAACGAGGAGGUGCGGGUGAGUGGGGUGCGCUCGCAGUGGACGAACAAGUCGUUGGAGGCCUCGCACAUUGAGAUGGCGUGCGACAGUCACCUCAAGUUCGAGGUGAUGAGCUACACGCAGAAGACUCUUAUGGUGCGCCGCAACGCGUCGGAGGCGGCGCGGGUGCUGCGUAAACUCAUUCGCCCCUUCCAGCAGGACUAUCAGCACACAGCGGCAGCAGCAGUGGGUGGUGUGUUCCGCAACUUCAAGGCGGAGGCCGACGCACUCGUAGAGUCGAUGCCAGCGGUAGAGGUGGUGGCUCCCUUCGCGUCAUUUCUCGUCUCGUACGUGCGCUUCGCCACGUCCGGCAACCUGCUGACGCGCACUAACGUGAUAGAGCGACUAGAGCAGCUCGGCUUGGUGCAGAUGGCGGUGGAGGACAUUAGUGAGGCAACGCUGCAGCGGCUCAUGGCACUCCUCGACGACGUCGUUGCAGAAGUGGAGCGGCGGGCAGUGUGCUUUGGCGACAAGCGCACCUCGUGGGGUACCGAGACGCCGGAGGUGCUGCGCAGCUCCCUCCAGGCCUACGGCGACAGCAACGCGCAGCAGCUGCUGGGCGACAUUGGCGAGCAGGUGCCGGCGUGGGUGCAUGAACUCGUGCGCAUGUUUAACAACUGGGAUGCCAUUGUGCGUACGGAUAUUCCCGUCCUGGAAGAUGUGCCAAAGUACAUAUUUGACUGCAUCCUUGGGGGUGUGGUGUGCUAUCACGUGCUUCAGAAGAUAUACGGUGACAUCAUCACACCAACUGACGUGCCGCUGCCGGUGCGGUCGGCGGUGAAACGGGCGAUGGAGGCGCACUUCAAGGAUGAAGAGAAGGCUGCACAUGCGCUGGCCAAGCUCUUCGCGUAUGUGCAGGCACCAGGUGACUCAGGUGUGGUCAAGGCGGAUUUCUUUCCUGCUGUGCUAUCGCAAAUGCAGGGCGCCUUCCACGACACGCAACAGAGCGCACUGCAUAACGCACGUGUUGCCCUCGUGCUGCGUGAGGUGUGCGCAACCGCCUCGCGCUGCACCCGCACGUGUGGGCUUUUUCAUAUGCUGGUUAAGAUCACAGAGGACCUGCGGUUUCACUUCCGCUUUAACACCAUCUUCAAAAAACUCAGCGGUAGAGACCGCACAACAAUCCGCACAAAAUACAGCAUCAAUAUGGUCAAGACGCUUGAGUACUUUGAACAGGAGUACGAAGUGACGCCAGUCACCACCAAGGCGGUGGGCUUUUUGGUGAUUCAACUCCUCCACAUGGCAAUGCGCGGCGGUGGUGGUGGUGGUGGUAAUAGUAGCGGCAUCAGCAGCAGUAGUGGUGGAAGUGGUCGCCCUGUGCUGGAGCGGUACGUGAGCGUUACCGGGAGGGAGGAAUUCACUAUUGUUGGCAUGUCGGAGGUGGAGGCGACGCAGAUUCGUGACCUGCGUGUGGCAUUUCCACCGCAGCUGUCGUACAACUCAUGGUUGCAUCAGUCUGACACGAAGGAAAAGUCGGUGUACAACGUUCUCCCCUCCGUUGCGGUGAAAGGGUCAACGAAUCAGGCAAUGAUCAUCUCCCAGGCGCCAAUGAUGAAGGCGCUUGACGCAAUUUCCCGUGUGCCGUGGCGCAUUAGUAAGUACAUGCUCCACGUGCAGGAGGCGAUUGUGCGCGAGGGAUACGGCUUUGGCAAGAUUCGACCUGCUUUUUAUCCCUUGCACUAUUGUGCCAAGAGUCGGGGUGAUAUUUCUUACGACAAGAAGAGCGGCGGUGGUGAGGACGACUACGACGACGACAACGAUGACAGUGGGUGCGAAGUGUACAACCUGCAGCAGCGUCGCGAGUACGAUACGCAGCAGGAUGAGGAUUGGAAAAGUCUGUCGGAGCUGCGUAGCAACCGCAUCCACUAUCUGCAGGCCCUCCGCCAGGCUCGCUCACUCGUACAGUUCUCGCACAUUUAUUUCCCAAACAGCAUGGACUUCCGUGGACGCAUGUACCCGCUGCCAGGGCGGCUGAACCACACCGGCUCUGACCCGUUCCGCGCGCUGCUAGAGUAUGCUGAGCCGAAGCCGCUUGGGGAAACGGGUGUGUACUGGCUUAAGGUACACCUCGCGAAUAAAAUGGGGAUGAGCAAGCUGUCAUUUGACGAGCGUGUGCACUAUGUGAAUGAGCACAUUGAGGACGUGGUGCGCAGUGCGGAGUCGCCGCUGCACGGUGACAAGUGGUGGCAGGAGGCGGCAGAGCCGAUGCAGUGCCUGAUGGCCUGCAAGGAGCUUGCGGAUGCCCUUAAGUGCUCGCAGGGCCCGACGAACUUCCUAUCCCGCAUUCCGGUUGCGGUGGACGGCAGCUACAAUGGUCUGCAACAUUACUCCGCGAUUGGGCGUGACGCGUUCGGCGCGCAGCUGGUGAACCUCGUGCCGAGCGAGCGGCCCGCCGACGCGUACACCGGCAUCUUGAAGGAGAUGAUGCGCUCCAUCACGGCGGACGCGGCACGUGACCACCAGGUGGCGCAGCGCUGCCUCGGCACCGGCAAGGGGCAGGACCACGACCACGUGAAGCGCAAGACGAUCAAGCGGCCCAUCAUGACGCAGGUGUACGGCGUCACCGGGUACGGAAUGUCGGAGCAGAUCCUUGACGAGCUGGUGAAGCAGAACAAGAAUCACGGCCUGUGGACGUCGACGGACAUGCGGGAGAUGGCGGACUACCUGCGCGAGAAGGUGCUGGAGUCGCUUGGCGUCACCUUCCGCGAGACGCAGAACUGCCGUCGCUGGCUGACGGACGUGACGAACAUGAUCUGGGAGGCGCAACCAGCUGAGCUGCGCACCGCCCUCUGCUGGACGACGCCGCUCGGCCUCGUUGUGCGGCAGCCGUACAAGGUGCGGCGCGAGAUGCAGCUCUUCACCGCCCACGGCUGCACGCGCGUGCCAGGUGACGUCUUCGCCGCGGCGAGCCGCAAGCAGCUGACGGCGAUUGCACCGAAUCUCAUCCACUCGCUUGACGCAACACACCUGGCCAUGACGGCAAUCGAGAUGCAGAACCUCGGCCUCUCCAUGAUGGCGGUGCACGACAGCUACUGGACCUACGCCUGCGACCUGCCGGUGCUGAGCAAGGUGCUGCGGCAGCAGUUUGUGACGCUCUACGGCAAGUACGACCCGCUGUGGGAGCUGAAGGAGCAGUGGGAGGAGGCGUACUUCAUGGACCUGCGGCGCCACGGCGUGCGGCUGCCCGACCCGCCGCAGCGCGGCGACCUCGACCUGAACGUCGUGCUCGACUCGCCGUACUUCUUUUCGUGA